ACACCUGGACAUUAUCUUUUAUCAUGGUGAUACAUAUUCCACACAUUUUACUUGUGGAUUUAGAUAAAUAGAUUGUAUCUAGUUUUUUUUUGUGGAAAUUGUGUGCUCCCAUCGUAUUCACAUUCCCCGGACUCUGGGGUUGUGAGUUUCUAUUUAGAAAAUUCUAUUUUUUUUAUGUUUUGAUUUAAAAUGCCUUUAGCUAAAAGUAUACUUCAUCCAUCUGCAAAUGAUGAUUUACGGUGCCAUAAACUAAAGCGGCUUGUACCACGUCCUAAUUCAUAUUUUAUGGAUAUCAAGUGUCCUGGCUGUUACAAGAUAAAAACUGUCUUUAGUCAUGUUCAUAAAAAAGUUACAUGUGAUGGUUGUCUAAUAGUACUUUGCAGGCCUACUGGAGGCAAAGGAAAACUAUCUGAUGGAUGUUCAUACAGAAAAAAGCAUUAAGAAAUUCUUCAUUGAUUCAAAAUAAUGUUCCAAAAUAUUGAUCCGUCAAUAAAUACAAUUUUAUUUUAUUAAAA